CGCCGCACCUGUCGGGGCCCCUAAAGUAGCAAAUGUGAAAGCGAGUGUACAGUGUUUGACGCAAGCUGCAAGUCCUUGCAGGUGAUUGUGGCGUCAUGCACCGCCACUGAGUCAGGAACCCAAUAACGUCACUCUACGGCUGACUGGUCAGGCGCGAAUGACCCCAGUCUUCCAAGGGCACCCUCUUCUCUGCUUCUUAUCCACAUCGCUCUCUCUCACACCAUCGUUCGCUAUCGACAUCAUGGCUUCUUCAACGACAUACGUCCUUCUUAUCGCCGUAGCUUUGCUGGUGCUCCUGCCAGGCAGAGCCGAAGCUUUCGGCGCCGGCAAUAUCGCCUCUAUCUCGGCCAUCGAGGGCAAGAACUGGCGCCAUGGAGACAUUGAGGAUAUGUUGGCGACCGUCGCCUGCUUGAAAGGACACAAAUGGAAGUCUAUGAUGAUCAAGCGCGUGUACUUUGGCAACUGGCUUCGAGACUACUCCCAGGCUGUGGACGUUGGGACUCUGAGCAAAGUUCAAGCCGAAACCAUACGCGUCCUCGUCUGGAUCCUGUCGUUCAUGUCGUUUGGCUAUGCAACUGGCGAGUUUGAAGUCACUUCGGAGCGACUUGGUGUGUACCGGCCAGAAGAGCAUAUCGAUAAUCCUAAAGACUACGCCGAUAAUCAGGAUGCAAGAAAGUACGACCAACGCCUGCGCGGGCCUGUCACUGACGCCGAGCUGGCAAUCGAUCCAGAAACAGGGAUGAAGAACUACAUAGCUAAUGAGCGAGGACCAUGGGCUACUUCUGCAGGCUACAUCAAGUUCUCAUUCUCUCGCGCCAUCCACUUCGGGCGCAUGUAUACGCAUGGCCCGUCCGGCGAGCGCGGAAAAGAAGCAAACCUAUGCGAAGCACUUCGGUGUCUUGGACAGGGUCUGCAUUGCCUGGAAGAUUUCGGAGCCCACAGCAACUACACUGAGCUCGCGCUCCGAGAACUGGGCUACACGAACGUCUUCCCGCAUACUGGAGUUCAAACCCAGAUUAACCUCCGUGGAAAGCACGUAUUCCCCAUCGUUACCGGCACGUUUGGAGGCGUAGAUUUCUUCCACUCGGUGCUCGGAGAAGCGACUGACCAUUUCACGCAAUCUGAGAUCGAUCAGAUGAACACUACGCUCUCUGAUGCUCUCACGAGCAACAACAAGGGCGGCCCAGGUGGGAGCAGUUCGUGCUCGCAACUCUGUGACGUGCUCGGAAAAGUCCCCGGAACCAGCGGCCUUGUCCAAGAGGCGCUCUCCCUUCAGGCUGCAUCGGACGCUCAAGCUUCCGCAAACGCAGGUCAUGGAUAUCGUAGCGGGGGUUAUGAUGACUAUAGCGGCUCCCGGGCUGGCGGUCCUAGCCAACAACCUGCGCCGCCGCCGACUUUCGACGCACCUCCGGGCUCUGUCGGAGGACCGCCAGGACCAGGCAUUCCCGGCAUGAACACAGAUCCAGCCACCAUCAUCCCUAAGAUCUAUCCGAUCCUAGAGUUCCGCGACAAGGUUGUCAAGUCCAUCUCUGCGAUCGUCUCUAAGAUCCCCGGCCUGGAGAAGCUCAUCGAGACCAUCACUGAGCGAGUCACGCUGUUCGUGUUCUCGUUGCUGGCUCCGUUUAUCAUGCCCAUCAUUAAGUCAGCAUCAGAGCAGCUAAAGCAGGGUUCUUCUGCUGUCGUGGAAUCUGCUGCAAAACAUCAGUUUGAGGUCUGGACAAACCCUCACUCUACCGAUCCCACCCACAGCAUGCUCUCGAAGGACCACUUCUCGAACAUCCUCAAUCAGCCCGCUGGUCAGAUUGCCGUCGCUACCCUACAAUACUGUGCCCCACGCGUCGUAUACGCUUGGGAUCACCCGGACAUCCCUGUCGAUCAGAUUUUGAACGAUUGCAUGCAAGCCUUCCAUCAUCCGGCCAUCCGCAACCACCACAACGAAAUCCACAGGAACAUGUUUGCCGUCGUCGAGAAGUGGGCUCAUAGCUACCGUGGUCCAAAUCUCAACGACAUCCUGAGCUCUGACUCCGUCCGAGCGGGCAAGAACCACACUGGCCAGAACGACCACUCUCAAGGCGCAGGGCACGGUGCUGCGGGGGUCAGCUCUUUCCAAAGCCACGGCCAUGGUGGCGGACACUCCGGUGGCGGCGGCGGCCAUGGACACUCCGGAAGUGGUGGUCCUGGUGGCCUGUUGGGCAGUCUUACGAGCAACCUGCCGGGCGGCCUUGGAAACAAACUCAACCUCCCCUCAAACUUAUUCAGCAGUUCGCGAGACCUGGAUGACGGGCGACCAGGCUCAUCUGGCGACCCGUAUCGGUCUCACUCCCCGCAGCCUGCCGGUUGGGGUGACUUCCAACCGUACCAGUCUUCGUAUGCUGGCGGUGAUACUGGCGGGUACAGCAAUCCUCCUGCUGAAUAUAAUGCGCCUCCGCCUGCUAAUCAGUGGGGAUAUGGUCAAUAUAGCGGCGGUCAGGGAGCCGAGCCCGCUUACACAAUGCCCACUGCUUAUCAGCAAGGCUAUGAGAAUUACGACCAAGGCGGAUAUCAGCAGCCGCCUCCACAAGCGCCGCAGGGAGGGUAUGGGGGAGGAUACAGCUAUGAUCAAGGCUCUACGGAAGGUGGGAGGCGUUGGGGCGAAGGCGGCGGGAACUCCGCGUGGUGAUUGAAACCUUUUACGAAGCGGCAAUGCCUGGGUACGGCUUGCGGCAAUUGGGCUGACAACAGAUUGGGUCUUAGAGGUGAUUCCCUGCAGAGGGAGGCGUGGACAGAUAUUCGGUCGAUAGGUAGUUCCCUAAACAGGUCAUGAUUCUUUUGAUAGAUAGGUCAAUGUAAAGUUCCCCAACUUCAACAGAGCAG